GCGCGCGCAAGUCGUCGUUACAAUGGCGCGAGUUUAGUACGAUUUUAAAUUUCAAAUUUGGAAUUCGUGAAACUGUUCAACCAAUCGUGUUUGUUUGUGACUGUGUUUUGUUUUUACUGAUUGUUGACGAUGAGCUGCGCGCGCAUACUUCACGUCCUCCGACGUUGCAAGCGGCUCGAAGAUGGAGAUAACUCGACACCCCUCGCUCGGUGUUUAGGGCUCCUAGACCUGACUGCCUUGGGCGUAGGCAGCACGCUAGGUCUUGGAGUUUAUGUGCUGGCUGGGGCUGUUGCGAAGACAGUAGCUGGACCCGCUGUGACGUUGAGUUUCUUGGUGGCUGCCAUUGCAUCCGCUUUCGCUGGUCUUUGCUACGCUGAGUUCGCGUCUCGAGUCCCUAAAGCGGGCUCCGCGUACGUCUACAGCUACGUGAGCGUUGGCGAGUUCAUCGGGUUCACCAUCGGAUGGAACCUCAUCCUGGAGUACGUCAUAGGAACGGCUAGUGUGGCUAAGGGUAUGGCGAACUAUAUAGACAGCCUGACGAACAACAGCAUGGCGCGUGUGAUGACAGAGUGGGCGCCAAUGCGCAUCGAUUUCAUGGCCGAGUACCCUGACUUCUUCGCGUUUGCACUGUGUCUACUUAUUACUUUACUGCUGGCAUUUGGAGUGAAGGAAUCUACUAAAUUAAACAACGUUUUCACGGCACUUAACAUGAUCACUGUCAUCAUUGUGGUCAUCGCUGGAGCUGUUAAGAGCGACCCAGCGAACUGGCGCAUCAAACUGGAGGACAUCCCCGAAGAGUACCGCGACAAGGCAGGGGCAGGCGGCUUCAUGCCAUGGGGCGUUGCCGGGGUCAUGGCGGGCGCCGCCAAAUGCUUCUUCGGCUUUGUCGGCUUUGACUGCGUGGCCACGACGGGAGAAGAAGCGAAGAACCCUAAGCGAGAUAUACCACUGUCGAUCGUUAUGUCACUGGUAGUGAUAUUUGUGUCCUACUUCAGUGUCGCGACGGUGUUGACGAUGAUGUGGCCUUACUAUUUACAGGAUGCAGACGCACCUUUCCCCCACGUAUUCACCGAGGCUGGUCUCCCCGUCAUCAAAUGGAUUGUGACCAUCGGCGCCAUCUUUGCUCUUUGCACCAGCCUGCUGGGUGCCAUGUUUCCCCUGCCAAGAGUGCUGUAUGCUAUGGGCAGCGAUGGAGUGCUGUUCAGACCUCUGGCGAACAUCCAUGGAUGGACUAAAACACCUUUGUUAGCGACUUUCCUGAGCGGAUUGCUGUCAGCAAUAAUGGCGGCAUUGUUCAACCUCAACCAACUCAUCGACAUGAUGUCUAUCGGCACCCUGCUGGCGUAUACCAUCGUGGCCACCAGUGUCCUGCUUCUAAGAUACGAACAGGAGCCAGACCUGUCCAUCACCAGCAUGAAACCGGUGCCAGAGACUCCAUACUCUGUGGCCAAGCAGAGCUUCAACCUUCUUGGACUCAAGAGGCCUACUAACUUGUCAGCCUCUAUCGCCAAAUCUUCCAUUAUUAUUCUAUUUGCCCUAGCGCUCAUCACUUGCAGUCUGCUAACGUACGAGCACGGAGGGGCCCUAGACGCGGCGCUUGGUGCUUUAGGAGCGGCCCUUUUAGUGCUACUCAUUAUUCUGUACCGACAGCCGAGGCAGAGCACAGCGCAUCUUAGCUUCAAAGUGCCCCUCGUACCCCUGAUUCCGUACCUGAGCGUGUGCAUAAACGUGUAUCUGAUGGUGCAGCUAGACUACCAGACCUGGGUGCGAUUCAUCGUGUGGCUGGUUAUAGGAUACUUAAUAUACUUCUUCUACGGCGUACGAAACAGUUCUCUAAACGAGCCCAGUGUGCCCACGAGCAACGGGAAAGUUGACGACAAACAGCUGACCACCAAGUUCUGAUGUCGACGGACUUAGGACUUUAUACUUUCGGGCCCUUUUCACGUAGACCUUUUAGGGCAGUGAUGGGCAAAGUACGGCCAAAGGAUUACGGGUAAAGGAUUGUAUCCGGCCCACCAGCGGUCCUUCAAAAUAAUGUAUGAUAUGGCCAGCAUCGUAGUAAAAAUGCAUUUUUGGUAUACUUCUGGCCCGCCACUAAAAUUCCUUCAUUAUUUGGCCCCCAAUGACAAAAGUUUGCAUGCCACUGUUUUAGAGUAAGAUUGUAGAAGGAUAGUUUUCUAUCUUGUUUCUACUGUUUAUGUUUUCGAGACCUUUUUACAUGGACCUUUUAGGACGAGAAUGUAUACUUUUCGGUCUUUGUUUCUACUAAAAUCGCCGUCAAUAGAAAUUGUCAACAAUGUAAACAAACCAUUCUAUAAAAUGUCAAUAUUCUAGCACAAUUUUAUUAUUUUAAAGGUUGAGGAUCAUAAUGUGAUGUGAAUUGAUUAAAUAACACAUGGAUUUAGCCAGUAUCUGAUGAGUUAGAAUGGAAAUUACGGACAUUUUGACUACAAGGUUUGUUUACAUUGUUCACAAAUUCUAUUAGCGGCGACUUUAGGUUGGAAUAGAUAUCCAUACCCACAAGUACCUAUGUUAGUAAAUGAAUGUAAAUGAGUUAGACCUUUUCCAAGCACAGUCGAUUUAUGCGCCCAUAGAAUUUAAUGAAUCUUAUACUCCAUUUCAGAUACGAAGGCCCGAUACCACUUGAGCCGGUCAUUAGGCGUAACAAUAAUAGGAUUAGUUUUAUUUAUCGUAUGGCAUUUAUACAUCUUACUGGAUUUCAAUUACAUAAUUAUUUCCUUAAAUAUUAAAUCUUAAACUAGAGAUUGAUGUAUGUGCUCUGUGUAUGUGCUCUUCAGAUACUCAAUUGCCGGAUACUCGGAUUAGUGAAAAGAAAAGAUACCUGGCCUGACCCUUUUUAGGCUUGGUAUUUUUACACGCACUUUCGCUUUAUUUUCAUUCAGUUGUAUGCUAUUUGCACCGACGCGUGCUAAUUUGAAGUGCUCAUAAUUAAAUAACAAAAUGCAAACAUGACAAGCCCUUUUGUUUGUUAAGUACUAUCGGGCUUGUGUAUUUGAAAUGGAGUAUACACAAAUAGACACAUUUUAUGUAGCUGUAGACACGCAAGUUUUCACCUACUUUUUCCUCACACGUUUUGUUUAGGAUUUUUAUUUACAAUUUUUUUUCUUUAGGAUAAUUUUAAAUUGUCUAACACUGGUACCUUAACAAUAAUUAUUAAACCUAUGCUUUAUUAGAAGUGAUUGACAAGGGAUAAUUAUUUAUUAAGUAAUCUAAAAUAGACGCUACUUUAAGUUAAACUAAAAUAUUAAUACAUAGAGAAAUCCCUAGUGAAAUAUUCAUGUGGACUUUCGAAUAUAAAGAAGGCAUAGUAAUAUAUUGUAUUAGACAUCAUUUGUAUAACCAUUACUGAACUUUAAAGGUUAUUUUGUUUAUAUAGUCUUGCCAUUCUAUACACCGUGUAAAUUUUCUCCACCUUUGCAUGCAUUACAUUGAGAAAAGCUGGCUUACCUAAAUAUUAUAAAGGGGCAUUUUCGCGAGAACAAUCACCAAAACGAUUUUUUCUAAGGUAGGUAAAUUUUAUGUUUUUCCUACUCAGAAUCAUGAGUCCUUUAGAUCUAGGAGAAAAAACAGGGGACAAAAAAUGGUCCCAAAAUUUUCUAUUGUUUUACAUACUGUCCACUUUAUAACCGCUGUACAAAGUGUUAAAAAAAUAAAUUUGGGACGCUUUUUUUACCUAGUAUGAUCGAAAGGGCUCGUGUUUCCGAGUAGGAAAAAU